AUAAUAAAUAAACGUUAAAGAAAAUUUUUUUAAUUAAAAUUGUGUCUUUUAGGAUUACAUGCACGUGCAAAAAAACUUACUGAAAAGAAAGCAAAGGAAUGAAGUGUAUGGGGUUUAGGUUGACAGCCGUGAAAUUGGAGGAGGGGGCCAUAGGAGAGACUCUACCUAACACUGAUGCUCCCAGCUUUGGGCUCCCUAGUAUCUCUUAUACCCUAAUAAGCCAGGGACCAAACAAGCCACCAUUCAAGCCAGCAAUGAGCAGUAAUGACCAGGUGUCACGUACCAAGGAUUAAUCCAAUCCUGGGCACCUGAGCUGAUGAAAUGCCAUAUAAAUAUCAAAUACAAACACAUACACACUGCAGGCAGUAUAAACGGGGUACCGGCGAUCUCCCAUCCUUCUGGCUGGGGGCACUUCUCCAGAGGCAACACCACUGUCCCCAGUUUAUCCAGUAUCCUCUUGAGACAUUCCACCAGACACAAUAAAAGCAAGCACAUGAUAGGUUUUCAAAUGGCUUUAUGUGUAUGUGUAACUACACCCACAUCCCAAAGGAAAGUUUAAAGGUCGGGGCACCAGGGUGGCUCAGUCGGUUGGGCAUCCAACAGGGACUCAGGUCAUGAUCACGCAGUGUGUGGGUUCAAGCCCCUGCCUCAGGCUCUGUGCUGGCAGCUCGGAGGCUGGAGCCUGCUUCGGAUACUGUGUCUCUCUCUCUCUCUCUCUGCCCCUCCCCUGCUCAUGCUGUCUCUCUCUGUCUCAAAAAUAAAUGUAAACAUUAAAGAAAGAAAGAAAAGUUUAAAGGUUAAAAAAAAUUGGCUCUAUAACUUAAUCCCGGGGCACCUGGCUGGCUCAGUCCGUAGAGCACGAGAGUGUUGAUCUCUGGGGGGUGAGUUCAAGCCCCACGUUGGGGGUAGGGAUUGCUUUUUUUUUUUUAAGUCAUAAAUAAGUAAUUUAACCUUGAGUGACCUCAGCUGGCAUUACACAACCAUCCCUAAAGUCAAUUCAGAACUUGAAAAUCAGCGGGAAGUUGGAGAACAGCUCAGUUUUUGAGAAAAGUAAAAAUGCUCAUCCCGCAGGCCCUACCCCACGAUUUGCCAACGGUAACCCCAAGGAGACGCGUUACAGGCGGCUGCCGAGCCCCACGGGGCCCGCCCUAGCCACAAAGUAAACUUUCACCAUCCUCGCUGUUAGAAACGCAGUUUCUUAGGCCCCCGUCCCCACGGAUUCAGAGCGAGCCCGGGUCUUUUUUAACGAAGGCCCUCUCGUGAUUCGCAGGUUUGGGCAAGCUUAGGGUACAGCCCCGCCUUGAGCAACUCCCCAGUUUGUAGAAAGUAAACACCUGAGCGGUGUAGGUGGCUCUCUUGCUCCCCGUGUUAACCUGAUGCAAGGACGGGUCCCCCUCGGGUCUCAUCAAAGUCCCAGCCAGUCUGAGCUUGAACGCCAAUUAGCUCAACACCUCCCCUCCCCAGACCACGCCUCGGUCACCUGCUAGGCAGGCCCACUCCCCUGCUGGCCCCAGGCUUCUCGCGUGUGGUCCUAGACCUGGGGCGCCAGAGUCACCGGACGAGGGUCGGGGUUUGAGGGCGCCGUAUAGAAAUACAGAUUACCGGGCUCCGCCGCCUGAAGCCAAAACUUUCCGAAAUCUGCAUUUUUAAUGAGCUCCUCCAUAAAGUGGUUCAUCUGCCGUUGGAGACUCUCUGGCCUCAUUUAAAUUUCAAAUGCGAAUAUGCUGGAGGUCGAGCUUCUCAGCCUUGGCUGCACGUCAGAAUAACCUGGGGAGCUUAAGAAAAAAUAUAUAUAUAUGUACACUAAUGCCUAGGCUUCAGCCCAGACCAAUUAAGUCAGAAUCUAAGAGCACGGCCUGUGCAGCCGCAGCCGCAGCGGCAGCGGUACCACCUGGGAGCUCGUUAGAAAUACCGAAGCUCAGGCCCCACCCCAGACCCACUGAGUCAGAAUCUGCAUUUUAACGAGAUCCCCAGUGAUUCGUGCGCGCAGGAAAGUUGGAGGCGAGCUGUGCUUCUGAAAUUUUAAUGGGCAAGCGAAUCACCUGGGGAUCUCGUUAAAAUGCAGACACGGUCUCUGCAACUUUAAUGUGCGUGCGAAUCACCUGGGGAGCUUGUUAAAAUGCAGAUUCUGAUUCGGCGGGUCUGGGGUGGAGCCCGAGAGUCUGCAUUUCUAACGAGCUCUCGGGUGGUGUGGGCUGCAGCAGCGCGGUCCGUUCUUUCCCGGGACCCCCCCCCCCCCCCCCGAGGCCUUGGCGCCGGGCCAAUCAGCCGUCAGGGUUCUUGAUAAAUCGCCCUGCUCGGCCGAGGCGCAAAAUUGCCGGGACAUGCGCGCUCGGGUCGCGGGGUUUGGGGGAAAUUUCCGAACUCCGGGAAGCGGUCGUGGGAGAGGCGGGCCACUGGCGUGCGCGGCGCCGGGGGCCGCGAUCCGCUCGCCAUGUCGCGGCGCAAACAGGCCAAGCCCCGGCACCUGAACUCGGAGGAGCCGCAGCCCGCGCGCCCGGGGGUCGCCGACGCUGCCCCCGAGGGGGUGGGGCUGUCGGCUUCAGAAUUAGAUAAUGAUCCCAAACCAACUUGUCCCGCCGUGGAUGGCGGUGAUGCUCAGAAAAUCCCUGCCAUGGCCCUUGCCCCAGAGUCGAAGGACCAAACCGUGAUGCUUGGAGAAAGGACCUUCAACUGUUGCUAUCCAGGUUGCCACUUCAAAACUGUUCAUGGCAUGAAAGAUCUGGACCGCCACCUGAGAAUCCACACAGGAGACAAACCACACAAGUGUGAGUUCUGUGACAAGUGCUUCAGCCGGAAGGACAACCUGACCAUGCACAUGCGUUGCCACACCAGCGUGAAGCCCCACAAGUGUCACCUGUGCGACUACGCCGCCGUGGACAGCAGCAGCCUCAAGAAGCACCUGCGGAUACACUCGGACGAGCGGCCGUACAAAUGCCAGCUCUGCCCCUACGCCAGCCGCAACUCCAGCCAGCUCACCGUGCACCUGCGUUCCCACACAGGGGACACCCCCUUCCAGUGCUGGCUCUGUAGCGCCAAGUUCAAAAUCAGCUCGGACUUGAAAAGGCACAUGAUCGUGCACUCGGGGGAGAAGCCUUUCAAGUGUGAGUUCUGUGACGUCCGCUGCACCAUGAAAGCCAACCUCAAGUCGCACAUCCGCAUCAAGCACACGUUCAAGUGCCUGCACUGCUCCUUCCAGGGCCGGGACCGGGCCGAUCUCCUGGAGCACAGCCGGCUGCACCAGGCCGACCACCCCGAGAAGUGUCCCGAGUGCAGCUACUCGUGCUCCAGCGCGGCCGCCCUGCGCGUGCACAGCAGGGUGCAUUGCAAAGACCGCCCGUUCAAGUGUGACUUCUGCAGCUUUGACACGAAGCGGCCCAGCAGCCUGGCCAAGCACAUUGACAAGGUGCACAGGGACGAGACCAAAACGGAGAACCGGGCCCCGCAGGGCAAGGAGGGGCCCCGAGGGAGCAGCUCCCAGCACGUGGCCAAGAUAGUGACCCAGAGGGCCUUCCGCUGUGAGACCUGCGGCGCCUCCUUCGUCAGGGAUGACUCUCUGAGAUGCCACAAGAAGCAGCACAACGACCAGAGUGAGAACAAGAACUCGGACUUGGUCACCUUCCCGCCCGAAAGCAGUGCCUCGGGGCAGCUCGGCCCCCUGGUCUCCACGGGGCAGCUUGAGACGCCCCUGGAGCCCAGCCAGUGCCUCUAGUUCAGCCAAAGAGGGUGGUCAGCUGUCUGGAUUCCAGGCAAAUGCCCUCCGAGUUGAGGCCGUCAAGCCAGACUUGAGCUGCCAGCUCCGGGGACAGCUGCCCCAACUUUCCAGGCCCUCGAGGCAGUGGCCGCAGUCGCUGGCAUGAGAAGCAACGCCAAAGCCCCCGUGUGGAGACUGCCCUCCACGUUGCCGUCUAACCUCCGAGCGUCGUCUAAGCAAGCGGACCCAGGCGUCCCGAGGUGGAGGUGGGGGGGUCCAUCACGCACGGCUCUAUCCAGUAGGGAUGGUUUCGUGAUGGUUUCUGAUCCUAAAACGAAUCCAUCUCUGAUGGGAUUAUUAAACUACUUAGACGACAUGGAAAACCAAACUGAUGCAAACAGUGGGGAAGGUUAAGAGGGUUAAGAGGACAGCGGGGUAUGUGGGGGGGCCUGGGGCGGCUGGAAAAGUUCUGUUUCUUAACCUGGAUGGCGGUGACGAGUGUUCGCCUUAUGCGCUCGUGUGGUCCCUUUUAGCGUUGUCUUCUAAUAAACAGGCAGACUCCUCUGUGGGAUGACGUAAGAGGGACGGUCCAUUUUUGUCUUUACACCCUUGCAGUAGAGUGGUUAUGGCAUGGGGUGCCCCGGCCCCAGCCCGUUGGGUAACGCAUUCUGAAUGCACACGGGCUUUCUCCAGGUCUCUGCUUCAGGGAAGUGAAACGCAGUUGGAUCUGUAGGUGGCACCAAAGGUCAAGCUAGCACUCCCUGCGCCUGCCAUACACAUUGCGAAACUCCGCUUCCGUGCUUCGUGAAGAAAAGACUAGGGGCCCAGUGGGGCCCCAGCUUGGUUCUGGGACACGUGAUGGCUGGAGCUUAGAGUCUCCUCCCAGUAAGCACUUGGUAUUUGCUGCGCCAACAAGUGGAAACCCCACCCUCUUGUAGAUGGACAUUUUGCUUGGCCGAAACUUCGGAGGGCUCUGGAAAGGCCAGUGGAUAUGUAAUUGAUCCAAAGCUGUUUUGUCCUUUGACACCUUUCCUCACAUCCGGUCUUUGUGCCCUCAUCAAGUUAGACGUCUGUGCUUUUAAAACCAAUUAAGUCGAUCCAUUGUUUUUGGUAAACUAGGAAACAAGGACGUGAGAAUUUUUAUAGAUUGUUUACAGGGGAAUAAAUGGUUUACUUCUGAAAUAGCAAGAGGUAUGUAGCUUACUUUGUUAUGCGUUCUGUUGUUUGAACAUAUCUGAUUGAGGUGUGGCAUCGGGUGAAUGAUAAGACCCUGUCGGACCUCUUUGUUGCCAGAAGAAAAGAUGAAAAUGAUGGAAACGCGUGAUAGAAUUAAUCCUUGCUUUGCGUCUGUGGUUUUCCACUGUUCAAGGGAGUGUUUGGUUAGCGAAUGCCAGUGCAUUGUACUGAUGCUGUUGUCACAUUUCUGCUGUUUGUCACGAGUCUUAUCUGUGUUUCUGUUCUAGUAGCAGGGGGCUGUUGACCUUUCAAGUGGGAACCCAUAGAUCGAAAUCAUAAACGUUCCUCGAACUUUUGGUAUCACAGCUCUUCAGAUAAACAGGAACAGCCUUUUUGAGAAGGCCUAUUUUUCCCCCAUUUUGUAUGGACUUUCAGAGGUCCAAGAUCCACCCUGGGUAUCAUCCAGCAAUUUGGAUUCCCUAUAGGGCAGAGGUCAGCAAAGACUUCCGGACCAGACGGUAAAUAUUGGAGGCAUCAUGGGGCCAUCCGGUCUCCCUUGUGACGAAACUCUGGUUUUAGCACAAAAGCAGCCAUAGACUCUAAGAAAAAGAAUGAACUUGUCUGUGUUCCAAUAAAACUUCAUAACGUAGGGGCGCCUGGCUGGCCCAGUUGGAAGAGCAUGUGACUCUUAGUCUCAAGGGUCGGGGGUUUGAGCCCCAUGGGGGGUGUAGAGAUUACUUAAAUAAAACUUUAAAAAAGAAACUUGAUAAGAUAAUUCAGGAGGUGGGAGAGUAAACUGGCUAUCCCUUCCAGGAUGAGACUUCGAGUGGACAGUCAAUGCCAAAACUACGGGAAACCGCCGUGACGGUGCAGACCAGUAAAGCCAAGUUUCUGUGCCUCGGUUUGCAAAGUCCCUGUUGGUCUGAAGGGGGAAAUUGAGCGUGUUGGCAGUUUGACUUCACCUGGACUAGGAGUUGGUGAGCUUUCUCAGUCAAGUGCCAGAUAGUAAAUAUUUGGGGCUCUGCCGGCCUUUGUCUCUGAUGAAACUAUCGCACUGUGUUCCCUUAUGCU